AUGAGUUUCGUGCCUGUCAACCCGCGGCCUAUGCUGCAAGACCUGUAUGUCUCCCUACGCGAAUCCUUAGAUGCUAUUACCGUGAAAUUGACAGAAGACAGUGUCAACAAAGACAUCGUUGUGCGACUAAAGUGGGGCGAGACCGAGUACCGCGGUCGACUCGUCAGUUCCGACAGCUACAUGAACAUCCAACUCACCAAUGCCCAAGAAUUCAUCGACCAGAAGUUCACGAGCGACCUGGGACAGAUCUUGAUCCGAUGUAACAACGUAUUAUGGAUCAAAGCCGCCGACCAAGGCGAAAACGGCGACGUCAAGAUGGGCGGAUAA